AUGAUUGGCAGAGUUCUUCGUCUUCAUGUCGUGUUCGCGCAGAGUGUGUUGCCUGGUCAUGAGGAGCAUCUUCGAUUGAUUUCCGACAUCAAUGAACUGAGAGCUGAAAGCAUUCAGAUCGAAGUUGUCCGGAAGAUUCCAUUUCCGAUCGAAAGAUUUCUCGAUGAAACCGUUCUCGCUCCUCUUCUCGAGUCUUUGCUCAAUGGUGAGAUCACAAUCAUCGACGUGAACUCGCAACUCUUCCGGCUUGAAGUACGACAGCGUCCAAGGCGACAGCGAACUUCUUGUCAUCGUUCACUACUUCCUGAACUUCGUCAUCGAACGUGA